GAACCGAUCAAUCACAAAAUAAAACAUAAUUCGUUUACACAUGUUACGGUACUAGGUUUCCUAUUUUGACAAGCAGCGCACCUCAUCAUGCCAAGCUCUCCACAAAACAGGCAGACAAACAAUGUCAAACAUGACAGCCUUGCAGUCCGACAUAGCUAUGCGUCAUCGGUUGCCCAAGAUCGCAUUGACGCGUCUCUCUACCCAGACCGCACGAUGCAGCCAGAAUCCUCCGAGAUUGAGAUGUCGAUUUGCGUACUCCUCUUUUGCCACACUCAAACUCACACACAAGUUCCGUUGCACCAAAGCAACCGUCAUUGGACUUUGCUUCCGCUAGCCAACCCUAUCCUCCAGUAUCCAGUAACUUCCAAGCCGCAUAUCGCAGCACUUCCCAAAGAGUCUGUGUGUCGUUCUUGACUUUUACAAGUACCUCAGUCCGCACACCAUGAACUCUCCAUCCGCGCUAGAUGCAUGACGGUCAUUCCAGCGCCGUGUCUAAUUUCAAUUUAAAUUCAAUCACGGAUUUCGCUCCGCUUGCAUGCAGCGGAGCCUGCGUUUAUUCCGCUAUCUGGGAACGGAGAUACAUUGGCCAUUCUAUUUCUGUUUGGUAAAGUCGUAGAGUCUAAUCAUGCAGACGUUUAAAUGAAACCAGAAACACUUCACGGAGGCGUUGCACAUUUCCUUUGUUAUGCUUUAUACCAAAUUGUGUAAAGAUAUAUGAGUUUUGCAAAAAAUAAAACACUAAUUAACUGUACUUUUUUGCUCCAAGAACAAGAAUACAGUAAUAUGUAAUCAAAAAAGACCUUCCAGAUUGCGAUCUAGGAAAAAUUGCUACAAGGCCUCAGCUCGUGCAAGGCGGAACACACAAGAUUACAAGGUUGCGUUGAUCAUAACUGCCUAAAUCUUUGCACGCACUUGCUAGUUGCAAAUAGUAAGCCGUCUCUUGACCGCCCAUAUCUAGGCCCUUUAUCUUUAUCCAACUAAUUGAGGACAUUUUCUCCGCCGCUAUGAUGCGCUCCACAUUCGUCGACAAUCGGAAUGUUUUGUAUAAAUACUGACUCUAGUGUGAAUCAGUCUAAUCCGUUGCACCGGAGCAGUCAGUUUGGAUGUGGUUCUAACGCUUGAGCGAGCGGCAGUGUUUAGUUGCAAUUUGUAGUGAAAGGAUCAGUUGAAACGAAUCAUGUCCAGAAACAUCGUGUUGUGUUUUCUAGUGGUGUUUGCAUUCGGGUGUACCAUCGGCCGAAAGCUGGAGUGCAAUGAACAUCGGGAAACGGAAUGCGAAAUCUCCAACUUUACCAUAGUGGAAUCGAUGGAUUUGUCCGAGUUUGAGUUCCCCGAUCAUCCGCAUCUUGCGUUCGGUACCUAUCCACUUUCGGACGACUCGACGUAUGUCGUCACUAUCGGCAAGGAGCUGGCUGAUCGUCUACAGUCUACGGAGAAACUAGAGAUACAAAACGUUUCCCUUCAGACGAUGGUGCUUUGGACGAAUCUGCGCUCGUUGGAUGCGUCCCACAACUACUUCUUCGAGAUGAUCGUUGAACCGGGCCAGAACUAUCAGCUGCGCGAAUUGAACCUCAGCUACAAUCGUUUCCAGUCGAUCGAUUUCGUGCAAGCAUUGCCCGCGCUGCGCACGCUCGAUCUCAGACACAACUAUCUGGAGUCGCUUAGCUUUUCGCUGUUCGAUAUGGCCACCGAGCUGUGGAAGCUGAAUCUGGCCAACAACCGCAUCCAGACGAUCUCGACCGAUGGGUCACUGCAUCUGCCGCGCCUUUCGACCCUGCUGUUGCACGACAACCUACUGAGCGUUCUGGAUGCAAGUGAAUGGCGUUUCAGCAUGCUCCAGGAGUUGAACGUGGCGCGCAACCGAUUGCGCUAUCUAAGCAUGUGCGAGGUAAACCAUUCCUUCCCACAUCUGCAGACGCUGUACAUGGACGAGAACCGUUGGGAGUGUGGACACCUGAACGCCACCAUUCGUCAGCUUCAUCAGCUCGGUGUAAAGCCGAUGGCGUAUUACGACACAGAGGACCAAGAACAUUGCAACAAAGCUAUCGACGAAAUCUGCUGCUAUUAAGGGACCACAGAAGAAUGUCCAUUUGGCGUUCGACACAUGCACCUUUAAACUCUUGUAUUCCUCUUGUCACUCAAAGCAUUAAUAAAUUCAGCCCGACACUUGAUGGGCUGUUGGUCCAAUCGAUUCAA